AUGGCGCUGCACGGCAGCGGGCGACGGGCACACUUGACCUCGGCGCUGCGCGGCGGCAGCAGCUCGGGGCGGCGGGACGCGGGGUGCGGCAGUGACAGGCCUCAGCACCACGACUUGAGGGCGGCCCCUAGGAAGAUCAUCAGCAAGGAGAUUAAUCCCUUUGUGAACAACUGGGAGGAAGAAGGACAGUUCCCAGCACAGGAAGUAUUUAAAACCCUGGGACAGGCUGGAUUCCUUGGUGUGGAUAAGACAACAGAAUAUGAAGGCAUGGGCUUGGACUUCUCCUGUAGCAUUGCAGUAGCAAAAGAGCUGGGACAUAUCCACUGUGAAGGUAUUUCUAUGGCUAUUUUUAUUCAGGCUGGCAUGGCUACUACUCCUGCUCUUACAAGGUUUGGUUCUGAUGAGUUGAAAAAACGACCAGCUGUAGCUGGAGAUUUUGUGGUUUGCAUGGGAAUCAGUGAAGCCGGGUCAGAUGUCACAAACAUCAAGAUAACAGCUGUAAAAAAAGGGGAUGAAUACAUCAUAAAUGGUGGUAAGAUGUGGACUAUGUCGGGAUGCCAAGCGGACUCAAACACCAGUGGAGGGCCUGCCCAUCAAAAUAAAUCUCUCCUAUGUCUGCCAAUGAAUCUACCUGUCAUUCAUGUUGCUAAAAAGAUAGGCAUACUGGGCAUGAAGUUACCGGACACAGCACAGAUCUCUUUUGAAGGUGUAAGGGUCCCCAGCAAACACCUCAUCGGUGAGGAAGGAACAGGUUUUACAUAUCAGAUGUUGCAGUUCCAAGAAGAGUGGCUGUGGGGAAUAGCCACUGUCCUGACACCGCUGGCAACUAUAAUUAUAUAUAAACAUAAUAACGAGAGACUGUUGAUUACAUUCACCAGUGGAAAGUGUUUGACUGGCCCAUGCUUGCACAACCAAGCCGUACAUUUCCGCCUGGCUGAGCUGACAACCAAAGUGGAGCUCUUGCUCUCACUGCUAUACUGCAGUGUUGGAUCUCUCUAUGUGGAAGGCAGUGAUGUGACAAAAUUUGUUUCCAUGGCUAAGCUAAAGGCAGGUCAUCUGGCCCAUGAGGUGACUGAUAGCUGUCUCCAGUUUUGGGGAGGAAUGGGAUUCAUCAGUGAGGUACUGGUGAGCAAUUUCUACAGAGACUUGAGGUUUAUGUCAACAGGAGGUGGUACAGACGAAACUAUGCUUUCCAUCAUACAUAGUUCGAAACAAGUGACACAUCUCUUCCUUGAAAAUUAAGGCAGCAAGAGCAUGGCAUGUACUGCACACUGAAGGUAACAGCCAGCAGGUUCCAAGCAUAAAAGAAGUACGUAACAUAACAGUAAUUUUGCCACUUAAAUGGUGGUCAGGCUAU